UAUAUUCUAUGUAUUCUCGCACAUGAACCAUCAUUUCUCUUUACUUUAAUUUUGCCGCGGCAGUGUGUUGACUCGAGUGAGAUUAGUGUGUACGAAAGUAAAAGAAGAAAUUUUCUGCCCAAAAGGAGAUUGUCGGUGAAUAAAAAAAAUCGCACACUGCAUUCAGCUGCGAAUCCGUCAUUGUUGUCUUGUACAAACUUUACCGGAAUUUUAAACUAAUUUUUAUCGAGUAGAUAAACAUCAAAUUUUUGGUAUAGAACAGCAAAACUGUGUAAUUAAUUCAAAUUUGAUAUUGUUUUAAGGUUAGACACUGACCUUAAUUUGACAUUGAUUUUGAGCAAAAGAUUACAGUAACAGAAAUAUGAACCGACGAUUCUCACGGGCAGAGUCCAAAAGUGAUCUGUUGGAAUUUUUGGACCGAGGACAUUCAGCAAACCGAGAAAACCGAUGGACAUUCGAAGUGGCGUGGGAAGCAGCAAAUAAAGUUGGUGGAAUUUACACUGUAAUACGAUCGAAGGCGUUUGUUUCAACAGAAGAACUAGGAGAAUUUUACUGUUUAUUCGGACCAUACAAAGAGCUUAGCGUCAGAACAGAAGUUGAAGAAUGCGAAUUUCCUCAUGAUAAUCCGCUACAAGGAGCUGUUAACGCACUUCGAUCGCAAGGAUAUAAAAUUCACACUGGAAGAUGGUUGGUCGAUGGUAACCCUCAAAUAAUUCUCUUUGACAUUGGAUCGGCAGCUUGGAAAUUAGAUCAAUUCAAAAAAGAUUUGUGGGACUCCUGCAAUAUUGGUGUUCCACAUCUGGACAUUGAAACCAACGAUGCAAUCAUCCUUGGUUAUAUGAUCAGUGAUUUUCUGAUAGAAUUUAAACGGUGCCUAGGUCAAUACACUGAAGAGAAUGGCUAUGGACCUCCCAGGAUCGUUGCACAAUUCCAUGAAUGGCAGGCUGGAGUCGCUCUUAUCGUCCUCCGAACACGGCAAAUUGACAUAGCAACUGUUUUCACCACGCAUGCCACACUACUCGGUCGAUAUCUAUGUGCCGGAAAUACUGACUUUUACAACAAUUUGGACAAGUUUUCUGUAGACGAAGAAGCGGGUAAAAGGCAAAUUUACCAUCGAUACUGCUUGGAACGGGCAGCUACUCAUUUAUGUCAUGUAUUCACCACGGUGAGCGAAAUCACCGGAUACGAAGCGGAGCACUUGCUCAAAAGGAAACCGGAUAUUAUAACACCCAAUGGGUUGAAUGUGAAGAAGUUUUCGGCCAUUCAUGAGUUUCAAAAUCUACAUGCGGUUGCAAAAGAGAAAAUCCACGAGUUUACGCGAGGACAUUUUUAUGGUCAUUUCGAUUUCGACUUAGACAAAACGUUGUAUUUGUUCAUUGCUGGCAGAUACGAAUUUGGUAACAAGGGUGCGGAUGUGUUCAUUGAAUCGUUGGCUAGACUAAAUCAUCACCUUAAGUCUCAAUUGCCGGAUGUGACUGUAGUCGCCUUUCUAAUUUUCCCAACCAAAACAAAUAAUUUCAAUGUGGAAUCUCUUCGAGGCCAUGCUGUAACCAAGCAGCUUCGUGACACAAUCAGUAAUGUGCAACAAGAAAUCGGUAGACGCAUGUUCGACACCUGCUUGAAUGGAAGACUACCUUCCUCAUCGGAACUGCUGACAAAAGAAGAUGUCGUAAAGGUGAAACGAUGCCUAUAUGCCCUACAGAGAGAUGGACUUCCACCCAUAACUACUCACAACGUUGUAGACGAUUGGAACGAUCCCGUGUUGUCAUCAAUCCGUAGAUGCAAAUUGUUCAACACCAUACACGAUCGUGUCAAAGUAGUUUUCCAUCCCGAAUUCUUGUCGUCAACGAAUCCACUUUUCGGUCUGGACUAUGAAGAGUUCGUGAGAGGUUGUCACUUGGGCGUGUUUCCAUCUUACUACGAGCCGUGGGGCUACACUCCAGCCGAAUGCACUGUUAUGGGAAUUCCUAGUGUAACGACAAAUUUGUCAGGAUUUGGAUGCUUUAUGGAGCAGCAAAUUGACGAUCCGAAAUCGUACGGGAUUUAUAUUGUUGAUCGGCGGUACAUUGGUUUGGACGACAGUAUAAAUCAAUUGUCAAAUUUUAUGUUUGACUUUGCGAAAAUGUCGCGCCGCCAACGAAUCAUUCAACGUAAUCGCACGGAACGAUUAAGUGAUUUAUUGGACUGGAGGAAUUUAGGCAUCUAUUAUCGCGACGCUCGCAUUAAGGCUCUGCAGGCGGUCUAUCCAGACUAUGUCGAUGAGAAUGGAGAUUAUCUUUUGCAACGGAACAGCUUGAAAUAUCCGAGACCAUUAUCGGCCCCGCCAAGUCCACGCAAUUCUCGGCACACGACACCAGCUGCGUCGAUACACGGUUCAGAUAGUGAGGAGGACUCAAUUGAUGAAGAAUUGGAGCGUCAAGAACUUGGACUGAAUGAUAAUCACUGAGGGAAAAUGUCUAUUUUGUUAUAAUUUUAUUAGUGAAAAUUGUUCCACAUUUGUGUGUGCCAUAUGAUUGAACGAUAUUUUUAUUUCAUUGUAAUUAUUGUAAUAAUUUCGGCAAACUGUAACGCUCUUUUACGACAGUUGGGCCGAUUUAAUUUUCUUGGAGUAAAUCAGUUUCAUUUAAGAAAUAAAUUUUUAAUCGCAAGACA